AUGAAGGUAGCAGGGGUCUUCGUGGCCCUGGCACUCUUCAGCCACUUUGAAGGUGUUGCCAGUCAAAUGAGAUACCAGGAGGGCAUGUGCCGUGAAUUCCAACCAUUUUUAGAGGAUGGGAAUUUAUACUGCAACAGAGAUAUAGACCCUGUUUUCGGUCCUGAUGGCAGGAGACAUAUGAACAAGUGUGUCAUGUGCCGUGAAGUCUUGAGAAGGAGAGCAAUUGCUGGUUGGCCCAAAAAUCCUUCUUCAGGAAAGGAUGACGACUGCAGUGAAUAUUGGCCUUAUUUCAGAGAUGGGUCAUUUUCCUGCACCAGAGAGAAUAAUCCAGUUCGUGAUGCUUCUGGCAAGCAGCAUAGCAAUAAAUGCAUAAUGUGUCUACAGAAGUUCAAAAAUGGAGGUACGAUGAAUUCUGUUGGAAAGGACCAACCACAAAAUGGAAAAAAUGAGAGGAAUGAUGGAUGCGAGGAAUAUCGAUCAGAGAUGGGACCCAACGGAGAACUCACUUGCACCCGUGAGAAUGCUCCAGUGCGGGAUGCAACUGGCUACACAUACAACAACAAGUGUAUCAUGUGCUCAGAGAAAUUCAAAAAAGAAGUUCGAGAAGGCAGGAUCGUUGGAGGAGGAAGAGGAGGCAGUGGUGGUGGUGCUGUGGAUACUUAUGGGAACAGAAUCGUUCAAGGGAAUUUCAACCCAGGGAACAGCAACGAGAAAAACUGCAACCCAUAUGGAAAAAAUGAUGUAAAUAAUCCUUGCCCUGCAGAAUAUCAGAUUGCAUCGGGGGAUUACAGAUCAUAUACCAAUUGUGGAGGGACAGGACAGUCAUCAUACUACAAUGAAAAUUGUAGGAAAGGGCCCUUCCGCAAUAGGCAGAAGAAAAUUGCUGUUGGGGACAAGAAGCCCACGGCAGGACCUUCAGGUGAAGGGCAGCUGGACUGUGAUCAAAUUCUAGCUGAUAUAAAGAAGGAAGGGACUUCUUGCAACGCUCUGUGGUCUCCUGUUUGUGGCACUGAUGAGAAAACAUAUAGCAAUAAAUGUUUCCUGUGUUCCGCAAUUGUGAAAGCUGAAGAUACCCUUGCGCUAAAGAACGAAGGUGAAUGUCAGGCUGGUCAUAUAAAGGCUGACUGCAGCCAAUACCCCCAAACCAGAGGGAAAGUCCUUUGCAAGAGGAGAAGCCAGGAGGUGUGUGGAACAGAUGGCGAGACAUACGGCAGUGAGUGCAUGCUCUGUGACAGAAUCCUGAAAACAAAAUCUGAAAUUGGUAUAAAAAAUAUCGGACCAUGCCCUAAGAUAUAAAGGCGUUCAGGUUGCCAGAAAGCUUUAGGAAGAAAGCGUGACAAAGAGCAAGUGAUGGAAGAAUUGGCAUUCAGAAUCAAGGAAACUGCUGCAUUCCCAAGUGUUGCAAAGCCUGCCUUCAUACUAUAUUCAAGGAGCUAUCCCAUAUCUAUAGUACAUGGGCAACAACUCUGCACUACUCUGCAUGGGGACAGGGUAACAGACCUUGAUGACCCAGUCAUCAGACGGAUUUUUCCAUUUGCUUCCUUAUUGAGUUUCAUUCUUCCAACUUCCAUGGACGCUCCAGAACAUUUUCUCACCUCCACCAAUCUCACUGAGUUUCUUCAAUAAAAAAAACCUAAGAAGAUCUCUGCCAAUCAUUCCCUUUGGCCAUGUUUAAGAAUAUAUUGAAUGUUAAGAACAUUUUUUUGUCCUAUAUUUUCUCAGUAAGAACAACGGGUAAGUUAGUUGAUUGACAGUAGAUUGACUUCUUAACCUUGAUUUGAUUCAAAUUUUAGUGUGCUUAAACCCAGUGAGGGUUUUACUUAACAAAUAAAGAGAUGUCCAGAUCGCUUAAUAGCAUCAUUUAGCACACUAAAACCUUGAGUGGCCAUAUCUAAUUAUCAGGCAUGAUACCACUUACAGAUGCAGUAUACUUUGCGACUUGAGUAAGUCAUGCCCUUCUCCAUUUUUGUUUUCUUUACCCAUAGCAAAAAUCCAGACUUACCCACCCCACAAGGUUGUUGUGAGGUCUAAGUGGGUACAUUUAUUCAUAUAUGACUUCUGCCAAGUCUUAAGUGUUAGUUGCAAAACACUUAACAUUUGCAGGCAUCUGACUUUGAAUGGUAUGCUCAUGCCAUUUUCUGUGGCCUCCUCAACCAAGCUCCAGGUGGGCAUAGGAUGGCUCCCUAAGUUGGCAAUGUGGUUGCAAACCCUAAUAUAAACAGUACAAUUCCACUUAACACUCUAUUUUGUUUAUCAGAAUCAGCAUCAGUAAACAAUGGGCAAGCUCAUAGGGUUGAAAAGAAGGCAGGGGAGAGAGAGAGGAAGAGGUGGAUGCCUCAUUGAUGGUGCAGUCCUAUACACACUUAUCUAGGAGUAAGUCCCACAGACAUCAAUGAGACUAACUUCUG